AUGGAAUUCCCAUCACUGGGUGAACAAUGCCAAAACCAAAGUUGCAAUCAGAUAGAUUUCUUACCUUUACAAUGUAAAUGUGGCAAAACAUUUUGUCGGGAACAUUUUAAUGAACAUUGCCUGUCUGGUGAUUGCGAACUAGCUCCUGAACCUCGGGAAGUUAAAUUUCAAAGUGACGACAAGAUAUACAAAUGUUCUGAAAGCAGUUGUAAAAAGGGAAAUCUGCAUGAAAUGCUUUGUAAUAAAUGUUCUAAACACUUUUGUAUUGAACAUAGGUUUCAUCCGUCAUGUCCAGAGAUAGAUGAUGAAACAAUGGCAACAAAGAUAGAGCAAUUGGAAGCACCCAGAAGGCAGUUCAGAGAAGCAAAUAAACAUUUAGAAGAAAAGAUAACCGAAAAUAUAAGAAAAGCAUUACAAUCUUCAGCAAAGGUGAAAACUGCAUCUAAGAUACAUUUAAUGAGGAUAAAACAAAAAGCACUCGGCCCAAAGUCGGUUCCAGUCGGCAACAGAGUAUAUUUUGCUGUAAAAAAACCAUUAAAUGCUGAUCCAAAACCAGUGACUAUUGUAAAAAAUGUGGAUGAUAUAAAUAACUUAAAAAAUAUGGAGGCAGCAUUAAAUCCCGACCUGAAAGAUACUGUUCCCGUUUUUAUUUCAUCUAAAUGGAGUUUAGGGAGGGCCAUAGAUUCUAUCUGUGAUACUUGUAAUGUACUUAACAAUAAUAAUAAAAUGGGAGAAAUUAAGUUAAGGUUAUUUCGGCAAUUGGACGGCUAUUGUGUGAGUCCUAUGAAAAUGGAUGUUGAAAUAUCCGAGUUGCUCGAGAAGCAAGUGUUGUUCGAAGGAGAUAAACUUGUCAUAGAAUAUGUUAGCAAAAAUGUUUUAUAUGAUUUAGAAGAUGACACGCAAAUAUUUUUAAGUAACACAGAGUAA